AUGUAUAUAAUCUGUGGUGCAAAAGCCUAUUCGAAAACCGGUUUGUUCAGGUGGCUGGAAGAAGUCGUGACGACUCGUAAUGACUCUCAAAAACAGCACGUAGACUUGCCUCAAAAGGGAAAUCGGUCUUUAGUUCUUCAAGAGAGCGGUGUUGUUUUUCUUGUAGAACAAGACCACCACACUUCUGCUCCACGCCUUCGGUGUAGUGCGAACGUAGGGGACGGAAUUAUUAAGAUUCUGAAGGACUUCAAAAGAACACAAAAACUCUCAAGAGAUACAAGAGUUUCGAAAGGAAAUUAUGUCAUUACUGACCAAAUUCACAAAGGCACAGGAAGAAACAUUAGAUUUCAUGCGCAAUAA